UGAGCGCGAGUGUCUAGAGGAGAGGACGCGAGAACGCGACUGCCUGGAUCGAUCGGAUUAAACUCGAAUUGAGUGAAAUUAACACAAAGGAGAGAGGCAGAGUCGGCGAGGACGGGACACGAAGACGCCGACUUUACAGACACAAUUUAUAUUUCGACAGUUUUUCGCUCAUUUUAAAGGAUUUUCUGGAUAUACGAACAGGAGUUAAUUGGUGAAAACCCUAAACUGACCCGCGUUGAGUAGGGUCCUGUAACCUGACUUUGCCUGACACUGCGUUCUCUGAGAGAAUUAAGGAAAUAUGGAGUGACAUGCUGCAGAUUAGUUAGCGGCUUAGCGGCUUUGAGGACAUCCACCUCUGUGUGAGCAUACAUUCCCUGUCCUGCUUCUGAAGCUUGGCUGCACAGCAGGAGCACCGCAGCCAUGGCUGACCCGGGCAUGAUGAGCCUUUUUGGGGAUGAUGGGAAUCUGUUCUCUGAUGAGCUGGAAAGCUUGGGAGAAUGUGGCUACCCCCAAGGUCAGGCAAAUCCAAUGAGUCAACAGAUGCCCCAUGAGCACCAAGGUUAUGGGCAGCUCUCCUCUUCUCUUCACCUCUCCUCACCUGCUGUCCCUGGACAGGCCAAGCUUGGCCACCAUUUUGACCACUUCAAUCAGUAUGAACAGCCCAAGAUGCAUCCAAUAGACCAGCAGGGAGGCCGGAUGAUGGGAAAUGGACCAGUAAAUGGCAUGUCCUCACCUCACUACCAUGGUGCUCCAGCGGGUGCAGGAGGAGCUGGAGCUCAUCAUGUCUACCCAGGUGCACAAGGAGAUGGACGGAGCCAGUCAUUCCCAGAUGCUGGAAAUGCUUGGGGCCCUCAAGCGAUACAGGUCCCUGAACAGACUCGACCACCUUUUCAGCAGCAACCUCCACAGCCCUCUUCUCACCAGCAUGGCCCUGCUGGAGCACAGGGACAUGCUCACCAAAUAGGCUCUUUUAUUGGGCGUGGUGAAUUUGCCAUGCAAGGGCACAACCAGACGCAAACACCUCCAAGAAUGAACCACUUUCCACAAGGCAUCUCUCAGGAUGCAAAUCAUUUUAUGGGUCACGUGGGGAUGGCGCAAAAUCCCAGCAUGUCAGGAUCUCCCAUGCGUCACCCAGCACAGCCUUCUCAGCAGCAUCAGCAAUCCAAUCAGCAGUUUCUUCACAGGCCUGGCCAGGGCUCCGUUCAUCCAGAGUCUGUGGCCAACCACAAUUCCCAAUUCCCACAAAGCCCUUCACGGCAACAGCAGCAACAAGUAAUGGGCGGAAGACCCCACCAAAAUAUGGCAUUUAACAUGCACAACCAGCCAGUCUCUUCCAACACUGUAAACAGCUCAGGGCAGUACCCUCCCUAUCCUCCAUACGGCAACCUUAAUCAGGGAUUAGCCAACACUUCAGGGAUGAGUCCCAACUUGAGCCUUACCACCAGCAACAACAGUAACCCUAAUGCACCCGUAUCCCAAGUGCAACGUUACCCUGCCACAACAGGGCCCCAGCGCUAUCCAACACCUGGGACACAACAGGGACCAAUUCACCAGCAGCCCAUUCAUGUGAACCAAAUCAAUGCCCAGCCUAUGCAUUCAGCUCAGAACCAGACAACGGGUCAGCAGAAGCUGCAGCAACAGCAUUUACCACCUCCAUCUCAGGGAUCGUAUGUUUCCCCACCUUCCAUGUCACCAAUGAGGAGCCUGGCGACACCUGCAGGUACUCCUCCACCCCAGCAGGGCCGCCCACCCAGUGCCGGUUUGGUAACUGAUGUGGGUGGUUACCCUGGUGUGCCACACCAAUCUCAAGGUCCAAUGGCUCAUACCCAGAGAGGAGCUGGCCCAAUGAAUGCAGCACAGCAGCAUCCCCACCAACAGCUGCCAUCACAUUCACAGCAACAUCCACAUCCUCCACCCACCCAGAUGUAUGCUGCUCUGUCACCCAAUCACAGGGCCACUGGCGCUCAAGUAAGACCUCCAGCAGGACCUGGCACAAACCACACAGAGCCGCCAGGCCCACAGGACCAGAGGCUGCUCUCCCAACAUGCACAACGACAGCAGCUGCAGACACCCCCAUUGCCUUUCCAACAGCUGCAGCAGGUGCACACCCCUCCUACAAUUCCCCCCUCACAGACACACCUGGCUGCACACCACCAGAGCUCUCCUCCAUCUCAGCAGGCAUGGGCACCUACUCACCAGUCACCUCCAUCCAUGCAGAAAGUGCCUCACAUGCUGCAUUCCCCUUCAGACCCCUCCAUGGAGAUGGUAACAUCCAGUAUGACACCUGCCUCAGGCCCGAACCUGCAACCAGCCAACUGUGACAUACAGCAGACUGAGAGCGAGCUCAAGCCAAAAAAGAAGAAAAAGAAGAAAGCCAAGGCCAGUGAGGGCCAGGAGGGUAAUGACAUCGGCAGUGAGGCUGGAGGAGCAUCAUUUCUGUUGAAUGAUGGAGAUGAUCUUAUGACUUCCAUGGAUCAGCCUGCCGUUGAAAAGAAAAGCAAGAAGAAACCAAAGGAGAAGGAGCCCAAGGAGCCGAAAGAACCCAAGACUCCUAAAACUCCGAAGACUCCCAAGACACCCAAAGAACCCAAGGAACCUAAGGAGAAAAAAGUGAAGCCUGCCACCCCGAAACCUAAGACCUCUAAAAAGCCCAGUGUCAAGAAAUCUGAAACUGAGUCCAGUAACAGCACCAAGAAAGAGACAAAGCGCAAGAGAGAGCCCUCCGUCACAUCUGACGUAGAGAAAUCGCCUCCACAUUCACCAGAGGAAGAGGAGGAUGAUGGUGUGCAGAAAAGACGAUCUAGCCGGCAAGUCAAGAGGAAGCGUUAUACUGAAGACCUUGAGUUCAAGAUUUCAGACGAUGAUGAUGGAGAUGACUCAACAGGACCAAAGACUCCUUCAGCUACUUCAGAGCAGCAGGAGAUGCCAGAUGCAGAGGGCCCCGUGGUGGAGAAGAUCAUGGGGAUGCGCAUGGGAAAGAAAGAGCUGGAGUCUGGUGAAGAGGUUGAAGUUGAGGAGUUUUAUGUCAAAUUUAAAGGCUUCUCAUACCUGCACUGUCGCUGGGCUGACAUUGAAGAGCUAGAAAAGGAUAAGCGUAUUCAGCAGAAGGUCAAGAGGUUUAGAGCCAAGCAAGCCCUCAAUAACUUUAUAACUGAGAUGGAUGAUGAGCCCUUCAACCCAGAUUAUGUGGAGGUGGACCGAGUUCUGGAUGUGUCUGAAAGCACAGAUGAAAAUGGAGAGCUUGUAACUUUGUACCUGGUGAAGUGGUGCUCCUUGCCCUACGAGGACAGCACGUGGGAGCUGAAAGCUGACAUUGACCAAGGGAAAAUUGAAGAGUUUGAGAGAGUGAUGGCCCGCGAGCCAGAGCCAAAGCGCGUGGAGCGACCUCCCGCUAGCGACUGGCAGAAAUCCGAGAGUUCCAGAGAAUAUAAAAACGGCAAUGCGCUCAGGGAAUACCAGCUGGAGGGAGUCAACUGGCUGCUCUUCAACUGGUACAACACACGAAACUGUAUUUUAGCCGAUGAAAUGGGUCUUGGGAAAACGAUCCAGUCCAUCACAUUCCUCUAUGAGAUAUACCUGAAGGGAAUCUGUGGUCCUUACCUGGUGAUCGCUCCUCUCUCCACCAUUCCCAACUGGGAGAGAGAGUUCAGGACAUGGACCGAGCUCAACGUAGUGGUUUAUCACGGUAGCCAAGCCAGCAGAAAAACUAUUCAGGCUUAUGAGAUGUACCACAGGGACUCACAGGGUCGUGUAAUAAAGGGAGCCUACAAAUUCCAUGCAAUCAUCACCACUUUUGAGAUGAUCUUGACGGAUUGUCCUGAGUUACGAAACGUUGCUUGGCGUUGUGUGAUUAUUGAUGAGGCUCAUAGGCUCAAGAACAGAAACUGCAAGUUGCUUGAGGGCCUGAAGAUGAUGGACAUGGAACACAAAGUCCUGUUGACUGGGACCCCACUGCAAAACACAGUUGAGGAACUCUUCAGUCUCCUUAAUUUCCUGGAGCCAGACCGGUUUCCAUCAGAGUCCACCUUCAUGAUGGAGUUUGGAGAUCUUAAAACAGAGGAACAGGUGCAAAAGCUGCAAGGCAUUUUGAAGCCCAUGAUGUUGCGGCGACUGAAGGAGGAUGUGGAGAAGAAUCUUGCACCGAAAGAGGAGACCAUCAUUGAGGUGGAACUGACCAAUGUGCAGAAGAAAUACUACCGUGCAAUUUUGGAGAAGAACUUUGCUUUCCUAUCCAAGGGUGGAGCAGGGGGUGGUGGAGGAGGGGGAGGAGGAGGAGGAUCCAAUGUUCCCAACCUGCUGAACACCAUGAUGGAGCUGAGAAAGUGCUGUAAUCAUCCCUACCUCAUCAAUGGUGCUGAGGAGAAGAUAAUGGAGGAGUUUAGGGAGAGCCACCCCACAGACCUCAUUGACUUCCACCUCCAGGCCAUGGUCCAGGCUGCAGGAAAACUGGUGCUGAUCGACAAGCUGCUCCCCAAACUGAAGGCUGGGGGUCACCGUGUGCUCAUCUUUUCCCAGAUGGUGCGCUGUCUGGACAUCCUGGAGGACUACCUCAUCCAGAGACGGUAUCCAUAUGAGCGUAUAGAUGGCCGAGUUAGAGGAAAUCUCCGUCAGGCAGCUAUUGACCGCUUCUCACGGCCAGACUCGGACCGUUUUGUGUUCCUGCUGUGCACCAGGGCUGGAGGCCUCGGUAUUAACUUAACUGCAGCUGAUACCUGCAUAAUAUUCGACUCUGACUGGAACCCUCAGAAUGACUUACAGGCACAAGCUCGAUGCCACAGGAUCGGACAGAGCAAGGCUGUGAAGAUUUACCGCCUGAUCACCAGAAACUCUUACGAAAGGGAGAUGUUUGACAAGGCCAGUCUGAAGCUGGGACUGGACAAGGCUGUUCUUCAGUCCAUGAGUGGGAGGGAGAAUGCCGCCAAUGGGGUUCAACAGCUCUCUAAAAAGGAGAUUGAGGACCUUCUGCGGAAAGGAGCGUAUGGGGCUUUAAUGGAUGAGGAGGAUGAAGGAUCCAAAUUCUGUGAGGAAGACAUUGACCAGAUUUUGCAAAGACGUACACAGACCAUUACUAUUGAGUCCGAGGGCAAAGGCUCAACAUUUGCUAAGGCAAGUUUUGUGUCCUCUGGGAACAGAACAGACAUUUCUCUAGAGGACCCAGAUUUCUGGCAGAAAUGGGCAAAGAAGGCAGAGCUGGACCUGGAUGUGCUCCAUGGCAGGAAUAAUCUGGUGAUUGACACUCCGCGAGUGAGAAAGCAGACACGUCACUACAGUUCAAUGAAGGAGGAUGAUUUGAUGGAGUACUCUGAGCUUGAGAGUGAUUCUGAGGACAAGCCGAUUCAGAAACCGCGAAGGCCUCAGGACCGAACCCAGGGGUAUCCCCGCAGUGAAUGCUUCAGGGUGGAGAAGAACCUGCUGGUAUAUGGCUGGGGCCGCUGGGGUGACAUCCUGUCCCACGGACGCUUCAAGCGCCCCCUGAGGGAGCGGGACGUAGAGACCAUCUGCCGUGCGCUUCUGGCCUACUGCCUGCUGCACUACCGCGGAGAUGAGAACAUCAAGAGCUUCAUCUGGGACCUCAUCACCCCUACCGAGGACGGGCAGAGCCGAACACUGACCAACCACUCUGGACUGUCUGCUCCAGUGCCUCGGGGCCGUAAAGGGAAAAAGGGGAAGCUGCAAACUGCUCAGCCUCACAUGCCACAGGCUGACUGGCUUGCUGAUUGUAAUCCUGACAUCCUGCUUCAAGAAGACAGUUACAAAAGGCACCUGAAACACCAUUGCAACAAAGUUCUGCUGCGCGUCCGCAUGCUGUACUAUCUGCGGCAGGAAGUCAUCGGAGACCAGGCAGACAGAAUCCUGGAGGGAACCGAUUCAAGUGAACUGGAUAUCUGGAUCCCACAGCCCUUCCAUGCUGAAGUCCCCACUGAUUGGUGGGAUAUUGACGCUGAUAAAUCCCUCCUCAUCGGGGUCUUUAAACACGGAUAUGAGAAGUACAACUCUAUGCGUGCUGACCCCACCCUGUGUUUCCUGGAGAGGGUGGGCAUGCCUGAUGCCAAGGCCAUAGCUGCCGAGCAGAGGGGAGCGGACAUGAUGGCAGAUGGCGUUGAGGGAGAGGAUGAAGACCCCGAAUACAGGCCACUCCGAAUGCCUUUUAAAGACGAUCUGGAUGAUUUUACGAACUCUCCUCUGGAUGAUAAAGAUGACGGAAUUGAUGGCGAGGGUGGAGAAGCUCCUAGAAUGGGUGAGAACGGGAAGGCGGGCAAUCUGUACUGGCCACCAGCCUCUGCUCUGACCGCACGGUUACGCCGCCUCAUCACGGCCUAUCAGCGCACUCAUAAACGUGAGCAGCUAAGGCAGGAAGCCAUGACUAAACCUGACCGCCGUCGUCGACGCCCACGUGAUGACAUCCUCUCCAUGGUAGCAGAGGGAGGAGCUUAUGUUCCAGAGGGGGCUGUAGCUUUCCUGGCAGAAGGUGGACCCUUCAUGGCUAAGGGAGCGUCUUUCAUACCAGACAGCGCCGCCCUGCUGGCUGAUGGAUCGGCCUACUUUAAAGAACGCCGACAGAGAUGGACGAGGCGUGAAGAGGCUGAUUUCUACCGUGUGGUGUCCACAUUUGGUGUGGUUUAUGACGUUCACAAACAGCGCUUUGACUGGUCCCAGUUCCGUGCUUUUGCUCGUCUAGACAAGAAGACGGAUGAGAGCCUGGAAAAAUAUUACUACUCUUUUGUGGCCAUGUGCAAGCGAGUGUGCAGGAUGCAGAUUAAAUCAGAGACAGAGCUGCCAGACCCCACCCUCAUCAUUGACCCAAUUACAGAAGAGCGGGCCUCACGGACACUAUAUCGCAUUGAAUUGCUACGGCGGAUCAGGGAGCAGGUGUUGCUGCACCCCCUGCUGGAGGAGCGGUUGAGUCUCUGCCAACCCAGCCCCGACCUUCCAGCCUGGUGGGAGCCUGGACGCCACGACCUAGACCUGUUACGGGGUGCGUCAAAGCACGGCGUCAGCCGGACAGACUACCACAUCCUCAAUGACCCCGAACUGAGCUUCCUGGAGGCCCAUCGGAAGUUCACACAGGGCAAGGGUACAGAACUGUCCAUCAUCUCUGAUCCUCUCACUCCUCAGGCCCUGGUCAAAGAUGAGGAAGUGAAGGAAGAGCCAGGAGAUGAUGUUGUACCCAAGGUGGAGAACAAUGGCCAGGUUGAGGAGAUCAAAGAGGAGAAAACUGGAGCUUUGUCUCCUAAGGAGGAACUAAAGACGGAGGAGGUGGCAAAUGACUUGAGUCUUAAGCAGGAGCCCAAAGUGGAGAAUAUGGAGGUGGAGGAGAAAGAAGAAGAAAUGGAAGUUAAGACCACCAAGGAAGAACAGGGUGGUCCUAAAGAUGGCAUGGCUGAGGAGAAACCCUUCACAGACAUGCUCCCAACAACUGAGGAUAAAGACACUGAAAGGGAGGAGAAGGUUCCUCCCUUAAUCACCGAAAGUAAACUGUCAACUGACAAAACAUCCGAGGAAGAAGAGGAGGAGAAGAUGGACGAAGACGACAAAUCGGAAAAGUCAUCACAAGCUGAAGCUGGAGCCUCAUCUGAGAGAAAGAAUUUUGAUGAGGAGAGUAAUGCCUCCUUGAGCACUGCCCGCGAUGAGACCAGGGACUGCUUCGGUGUUGAUGACGUGGAGCCAUCAGCCUCUCAGAUGUUCAGUGAACGCUCUCUAUUCUCCUUUUGGCCCAAGGACAGGGUAAUGAUCAAUCGUAUGGACAACAUCUGUGAAGCGGUCAUAAAGGGCAAGUGGCCUUCUAAUCGGAGGCAGUUCUUUGAAUUCCCUGGGAUGUUGCCUGGUUACAGCUCCAUGGCGAUGGACAGCCCCCUUCCGAGGCGGAGUCUUGGUGAUCUCUCAAUGGUGGGUCAGACCAGCUAUAGUGGUAGCGAGGACCUCACCAUGUCACCGCAGGUCAACAAGGAUGAGGCUUUGAGUCUGUCAGUACCUCGGCAGCGCAGGCGCAGGAGGAGAAAGGUGGAGAUCGAGGCAGAGCGCGCUGCCAAGCGUAGGAACUUAAUGGAGAUGGUAGCCCAGUUACGAGAGUCACAUGCCGCAGAUGGUCAAGCUCAGGCCAUGGAUCUGACGAAGGCCUUGCACGGCAUGUCUUCGUCUUCAUCCGCCUCCUUCCCUGGAGCCAUGUCCUCUUCUGCGGCCCUGAAGGCACAGAUGGAGCUGCUGCAAGCAGGCGCUUCAUCAAGACCAAGAGCCAACGGCACUCUACUGGAUGCUGAACUUCCCAAUCGGAGAAAGAGAGGCCGUAGGAAAAAUGUGGAGGGGUUGGACAUGCUCUUUAUGGGAAACAAGAGAGGACAGCUCAGUGCUGAAGAGUCACAUGGGACCAAAGCUUUUGGGGACGGGGCACACAGACACCUUUCAUCUCCUGCACAGAAGGUUCCUGGUGAUGGUCUAGAAGAGGGAGGCCAUUCUAAAGGAGAAGAUGGACCUAGCACAAAGGACCUAAGGGAAUGGUUGAGACAGCAUCCCACUUACACUAUGGAUAUGCCUGGAUAUGUACCAAAGAAUGAGGACCUCCUCUCACAAUUCGGCAAGCCCAAGCAGAAAAGACACCGUUGUCGCAACCCCAACAAGAUUGACAUUAACACACUGACUGGAGAGGAGAGGGUCCCUGUUGUUAAUAUAAGAAACGGGAGAAAGAUGGGAGGAGCCAUGGCCCCUCCAAUGAAGGAUUUACCACGCUGGCUAGUUGAAAAUCCAGAAUUUGCAAUCUCCCCAGAUUGGACAGAUAUUGUUAAACAAUCGGGCUUUCUCCCAGAGUCCAUGUUUGACCGUCUCCUAACCGGGCCAGUAGUAAGAGAGGAAGGCGUGCGCCGCAGAGGGAGACGGCCCAAAUCUGAAAUCGCCAAGGCAACAGCAGCGGCACAGGCAGCUGCGGCGGCGGCAUCCACCUCUGGUGUCAAUCCUUUGUUAAUGAACGGACUGUUUGGAGGUAUGGACCUGUCCAGUCUGCAAGGCCUGCAGAGUCUCCAGAGCCUCCAGCUGGCUGCUGGCCUCAUGGGCUUUCCUUCUGGUCUUGGAGGAGGAGCAGAUGCCAAGCACGCUGCUGCCAUGAUGCCUCUGAUGCUUUCAAGCAUGGGUGGCCUACCCAACAUGUUUAGCCUAGGGGGACUGUUUGGAGGAAACCUGGCUACAGCUGCCACAGCCACCAACGGCGCCUCCAGCACAACACAGGCUGAGGAGAAAUCCAAGACUAAGAAGGACGAGGAGAAUGAGGAAGGGGAGGAAAUAGAUAAUGAUAAGGAAGUUGAGAAACCGAGCGAAACUGAGUCCGCCGAGGCUACAGGAGAUGCUGCCGCUCUAAACGCCGCAGCUGCAGCCGCCGCCGCCACUGCUGGAAUGUCGGCAAGCUCGUUAGCCUUCAAUCCUUUCCUUCUUUCCACAAUGGCCCCAGGCCUCUUCUACCCAUCCAUGUUCUUAUCUCCCAACCUCGGUGGCUUGAGCAUCCCGGGCUUUCCUCAGGCUUCUCUAGCUGACCUCCAGACUGCUGUGUCAGGGGCCUUAGGGGCCACCGGCGAGGACAAGGAGUCCAAUAAAGGACCCCACGCAGAACAGGACCAGAACGCCUCCACGGCUGAUGUGGAAACUGCUGACAACACACUUGAAGACAGUGACUCGGAAGAGAGCCAAAACAAGACUGCUGAUUCAUCCGUACUAGAUGACGACCUGGCAGGACCAGCAGAGGAAAUGGACUCCAUGGAGGAUGAUGACGACGACGAUGACGAUGAUGACGACGAUGAGGAUGACCCUGCUGAUGAGGAGGACAAAAGUGACUGAAAACUAAAAUAGGCCGCCUUACAUUUCCCCGGGGCUGACUGAAACUGACAGAAUGGUUUGUCCAGUUGUUUACAUGCCAACUCUAUAUCCAAAACACUUUUUGAAUUUGGUUGUUUGGUUUUUCUUGACUGGUAACGUAACAGGAAAGCGAAUUAGCUGUCUCUGUGUAACCAUUUUAGCAUAGCCAGGGAUGAAACAAACUGAAGUAGAGUUGUGUGGAUGUCAAAGGGUGUUCCCCUGCCCUCUGUAUUUUUUCUUUUUCGUUUGUUUGUUUUUGUUUAAGUCUUCGGCACUGUUUGGGUGCCUUCUAGAUGAGAUGGAAAUGUCAUGAAAUAUUAUAGGAAUUAAUCGUUCCAAUAGUGCUAUGCUGCUCCCUUUAAUUUUAAUAUUGUUUCGAUUUUUUUUUUCGUCAUUUCUCUCUCUCACUCUCUCUCUACUGUUGAUAUUGUAAUGACGAGUAGCAUCUCAUAAUAUUCAGUGGUGUACAAUUUAACGGCAUUAAGACUCCGCUGCUGAGUAAGGAUCUUUGGUUUUUGUUGUACUGUUCUGCUGAGAGGAGCGGGUGAAGUUCUCACAUAUCAUAGUCUACACUCGGACUGUUCCCAGUCUCUCACACUGACAAUCCAAACGGGUGAGGAGACCUCUCAACCUGUGGAGACAGCAAUAACGAAGGCAGCUUUUGAAUGUUCAAUUUUACUCUCUUUGACUAAACACCGGAAAGUGAAAAAUGACAUGAAAUAAAUCACUGCAGUCAAAAUUGUCUCAUUGUAUCCAUGUUAAUGCACUGGUGUAAGAAUAAAAUCAGGUACCUUUAUCUAUUUGAAUGGACUUUUGUUACUUUAGCCACAAAGCUGAACAGCAUUACCUCAAUUCUAACUAGCCUUGAAGUUUACAGACAUAAAUGUUGUA